AUGGGAUGCUGUUGGGGAAACCGGAAGAAGGAGGUCGUGGGGAUUGCUGAUCAGAAAUGGGAAUACAUCAAUCUUCGCGACUUCAAGAGUCAAGGAUGUGGCACCGUCUUCGCUUAUAUCUACCUCUGGCUCAUGCUUCUCGUCUCGGUCGCCGUCUAUGUCGUUGACAGCUUUACUGCCGUCAACCUCCUCGCUUUUGAUCGUUGGUCGUCCAAGAUCGACCCUGCCAUUUCCUUCGACGUCUCGAAAUGGAUCUUCUCCAUCUGUAUUAUUCUUUCCUUUGUCAACCUAGCCUACGAGGGUAUUCGUGCUACACGGGUCAUUCGACGGGGCAAUGUCGCGGAAUCUUAUCUUGACAGCUUGGCUGUUCGCUGGGAAUCCAUUCGUCUUGGGUCUCAAGGAUUCAAAAGAUUCAUGGUCUUUGCUGAACUCACCAAAAGUAAAGAAGGUGCACAAUACAUUGCCCUCUUCACAUAUUUCAACUUUCAAGCCUGGAUUCGUGUCAUCAUCUGCUCAGGCCCUCGUCAAGUCCUCAACGCCUUUACACUCAAGUCGGUAUACGAGGCACAGUUGGUUCCUACUGCAGAUAAUGUUGGCGACUCUAUCACUGGAUUCUUCGAGAAGAUCAAGUUCCUUGCUGAGGAAGACUACCAACAGGCAUUGAUUCUUUCUGGCAUGUGCUUCACUCUGGUUAUUUGGGUCUUUUCGGCGCUGUUCCUUUUGGCUGCCGUUUUCUUCUGGGUAUUCUUCUUAUGGCAUUGGAUUCCUGCUGCCGAUGGCGGUCUUCACGGGUACUGCGAACGAAAGGUAACCAAGACCCUGAUGAAAAUUGUUACCAAGACAGUCAACAAAGCUCUGGCCAGAGAAGAAGCCAACAGAGUGAAAGCCGAGAUCAAGGCGACCAAAAAGAAGGGCGAGAAGCCCCCUCCUGAUCUCUCCAAUACUCUCCCAACCUUGCCAAAUGUUGGACCCAUCGACAAGAUGGAUCACCCCCCUAUGCUCAACAGGAACGACACGAUGAUGACUCUGCCACCUUAUACUUCACGUCCAGGAACACCGGGCGGCACGGAUGUUCCUCCCGUUCCAGAUGUAGCUAUGCUGACCCGACGGGGCACCGCAGCAUCUAUCUCGAGUAUGGCAUCUCGGGCCACCUCUAGGUCCGGGGCUGGUUAUGGUCGGCUUGCGUCUCCCGUGCCUGAAGUUCCUCCUGUAAACUAUGGGGGCCAACCUCUAUCACGGACUGCUACUAUGAACUCGCAAGGGAAUUACAAUCAGUACCCGGCAAGCCAGCCCGUGAUGGAUCCAAUGUCAUCCAUGCCAGGUCGAUAUACAGAAAGCCCUGGACCUAUGCAUCCCGGCAAUGCUCCAUUCUAUCCUCCACCAGCUCGCGCGCCCAGUGCUCGUCCUAUGGAUAACUUUACACAAGCCAUGGGAUCAUUCGCACCGUCGCAAGGACCUCCGCCUAGCUCGCGAGGAUAUCAAGCCUACAAUCCGGGAGGACGCACCAACACAGCGACAACUAUAACCCCUCAGCAGAGUGCACCUGCGAUGGGACGUCAAUUCAACCCUCCACCCCGUAGCAACACAGGGACGAUGUCUCUACGAGAACCUCCCACUAGAACCUUGACCAACCCCAUGCCGCCUCGUUCAGCAAGUGCGAGGCCGGACAGGGCCCCUCCUUAUAACUACGAUGUUGAAUCACAGCGAGGAAGAUAUGGUUGCGCAACGGCGAUGUUCAUAGGUGGCUUCGUUAUGUACGAUAACUGA